UUCGAGAUUAGCCAAAGAUCAUUAACAAUUCGGUAGGGUUUCUGUGCUGAAUGAAACUGCCACAAGUGGUUGGUUGAGUCAAGUUUGGAAAGACUUUCCAGAAAGACCGGCAGGGCCGCAGAGAGAGAACUCGGAAGUUCGUGGAACGCAUGCCCGGGACUAAAAGCAAGCAAGCAAGCAACACUACCAAGACAGGAAGGAAAACAAGAAACUUGUUUGAUUGUGAAGCAGCUGUUGAAACUGAUGAUGAUGUAGCGCGGGUGGAUGGAUGGAUUUUUCUCUUAGUGUGUUAGUGUGUGCUGCUGUUUUCAUCCAGAGGGAAAAAUGGAAAUCCAUUUUUCCCGGAUCAGAUUUAUUGUUUUAGUUUUACUUCCGCCGACCAUAGCCAUAGUCGUUUGCAUCAACUGCAAGUGAUACCUGUUCAUUCGAAUUCCUAUCGCUGGAUCAGCUACACGUGAAACGAAUAACCAGAAAAGUGCACACGAUAUCUGUGAAUUCAGUGUAACUAAGAUAGAAUCGUAGAUUUAGUCUAAAAUUUCUCCAGUCGGUGGUUUAAAAGUGUGUAAAACAGCUCCCAGCUGUGAAUCAAUAGCUCAACUAGGAUGCCGCAGGAUGACGACCGGAGCAUAAUACCGGAUGUUCCGCGGGGACCCCUCUGCGAAUACCGAAAGCGGGCCAAAUUUAACUGGAAGGACUUCAAGUUGGUGCUGGAGCAUCCGGAUCUGAUUCGGAUAAAGUAUAAAGUAUGGAAAAAGUUGCAAUCGGAACCGCUCUUCACACCGGUCAAAUCGACUCUGUCGGUGGACCAACAGAAGGAACGGGCGGCAAAACAGGUUAAUCGGGUGGCGGAUCUGGAACUGGCCCCAGCUGAAGUCUACUCGAUGGAUUAUAAGUAUCGGGUGCGGUUUUUGAUGAGCAUCAAUGAAGCUUUGCACGCGGUUUGUCCUAGCAUGUCCGUUAAAAUUGCCCUGGGAGUAGGUUUGUUUACCAACUCUUUGCUGGCCAUGGGAACGGAACGGCACUCGGCCAUCUACAACGCCGCCUGGAAUCGGGAAAUAAUUACCUGCCUAGCCAUUACUGAGGUCAGUCACGGGAGCAACACCAAAAGAUGUAGAACAACGGCAACGUACGACCCGAAAACGCAGGAGUUCGUUAUCCAUACACCGGACUUCGAAGCAGCCAAGGCUUGGGUAGGGAAUCUGGGGAAAACGGGAUCGAUAGCAUUGCUGUUUGCCAUCCUAUACACCGCCGAUGGUCAAAACCAUGGACCGCAGGGCUUUUUGGUUCCGAUUCGGGAUCCCAAAACGCUGGAACCCUAUCCGGGAGUUAUCGUGGGGGAUAUCGGGGAGAAAAUCGGGCUGAACGGUAUCGACAAUGGGUUCGUAAUGUUCAACAACUACCGGAUACCGCGGGAAAAUAUGCUGAAUCGAGCGGGUGAUGUUACCCCGGAAGGAACCUAUGAGACCACCUUCACCGAACCGACAAAGAUUUUGGGUGCCGUACUGGAAUCGUUUUCCGCUGGACGUUUGGGAAUCAUGCAGGAGUCCUCGAAUACGCUCUCCCAUGCCAUGGUUAUAGCUGUAAGGUACGCGGCUCUAAGGAAACAAUUCGGACCGGAAAGGGAUGGACCCGAACAAUCCAUCAUAGAGUAUCAACUUCACCAAUGGCGUAUCUUCCCGUACUUAGCAGCGGCCUGUAUCCUGAAGGUUUCGGUGUUCUCGCUGACCGAGCUUUAUCUGGAAACGGUUCAAAAAUCACAAGCCGAAUCCAACGGAUUCGAGCUACUGUCGCAAAUAGUUUCGGAAAUCCACGCCCUCGUUUCGUCCUCAAAACCCUUAGUUACUUGGACGGCGCGAGAUGCCAUUCAGGAAGCGAGGGAAGCCUGUGGGGGUCACGGGUAUCUGAAGGCGGCCAACUUAGGAGAGUUGCGCAACAAUCACGAUCCCAGUUGUACUUACGAGGGUGAUAACAAUGUGUUGGGGCAGCAGGCUUCCAAUUGGUUGCUGAGACAGUGGAAGAAUUCGAAGGUGGAGAGUCCGGUUGGAUCGGCUAAUUUCAUCGAACGAAGGGAAAGCAUCUUGGGGAACAACUUUGAGAGUAUGCUGAAGGCUGGCUGCGUUUUGGAGAGUACGGAAUUCAUAACGCAUUGCUUCGAAUGGCUAAUGUGCUGGCUGCUGACAUCGACCGAGAAGCAGAUCGAUGCCUCCAGUGCCAAUGGAUCGGAUCGUUUCACGGCCCGCAACGAAUCCCAGGUGUAUCGUGCGAGAGACCUCACCAGAGCCUAUGCCGAGUACUAUGCGAUGAUUAGCUUUGGAAAACGUUGCGCGAGAGGUGACUAUCCGGAGGAACUUCGACCUGUUUUGAACAGUGUGUAUCUCAUCUACGGAAUGUGGUGCAUCGAUCGACAUUUGGCAUCGUUCUAUGCCGGUGGAUUUGCUAGUGGACCACGUUUUGCCGAUGCCAUAAGGAACACCCUUCUGACAGAAUGUGGUCGGUUCAAGGAUUCUGCAGUGGCUAUUGCGGAUGCCCUGGCACCUCCGGAUUGGGUUCUGAACUCAGUGCUCGGCAAAUCGGACGGACGUCUGUACGAGAACAUUCAAACCGAAUUCAUGACCAAUCCUGGAGCGCUGGAAAAGGCCUCCUGGUGGAAGGACAUCAUUCCUACCAAGAUGAAAUCCAAACUGUAGUGACUCAACCUCAAAGCAGUACACUUUAAACGGAUGUAGUAGAAACCUUAAACCUUAACUUUUUACGGGUCACAAAGAGUAUAUCAACGGUGAACAUAAGAAUACCAAACCCAUAGGUGUAUCCUAUCGUGUAGGAGUGUGCAAUCAACCCCGGUCGUGUUAGUUAUCAACUUACGUACCUCGUCUGUAAAUCCUAUGUCAUCUACGAAAUACUAAAACCGGAAAGCGAAACCUUUCACAAAGGCAGUCAAGCACAAAUCAUUGAAAAAAAAAACAGAUACAGGCCACCGUUUCUUCAAGGAACAUUCUAGGAACGUCUGAACUUAUACCAACGUAAUGUAUUUUUUGUCCGAAAAAAAACAGACUUAAACAAUCAAACCCCGAAUCCAGAUUCGUGAAAUCAAGCAAAAUGUGUCUUAUCUUACAAACCUAGAUAUUUAUAUUGAUCGUCAUUAGUGUUUUUGAUCCCAGAAUCUAGAAGAAGUAGAAACAACUCGCUUAUCGAGUCGAAUUUCCGAGCGCGUUAUAUUAUCACCUAAAGAAGAAAGUGUACGUGUUGUGUGACAUGUUUAAGAUGUUUUUUUUAUCGUUUCGCCUAAGAUAUUUAGAAGACAUUUACUAUCUACCGAUUGAACCUAUCUGUUGAAAAGAAUCUACAUAUUAUUCUACACACCAAGUGAACUCUAUCCUUCGAAAUUUCCGUCGUAGCGGAAAUUUUAAGUUUAUGAAAUAUAUAUAUUUUAACCAAUAAUCUCUCGAGUCAAGAUUGAUAUCUUCGUUAAAUGUUACCGUUCAAUGUUUAUGGAACCCGCAAAAAACCCGGCGAGUGCUGAAUAAAAAUCCUACUACUGGCUACAAGUUGUGAGUUUUUUAAGAAGUAAAUCAGAUCGGAAACGAACCACCAUGCUACAACUUAUCGUAGAUAAUACUGGAACAGUAUCCCCCCGUUUGUUGUAUUUCUUAGUUAGUCUAACGAGUACUAAACAAUAAACGAACUAUCAUGGAGCAUUCA